AUGCUGUUGGAACUUUUAUGUACCUUGGCCGUUGGUGCAGUGGGGAUUCACGGGGUCAACUCAAUGUAUCCCAUAGGAGAUGGAAAAGGAGGAGGUCCGGUGAUCUUUCCGUCAUCGCUUGGCCAAUUCAAAUCCGGAUUCGGAGAGGUCUUUCUACCUGCUCCAGAGCCCGUUCCAGGUAAUCUAAUACCUGCACCUGAACCAGAGCCGUUUCCUGCAGGUUUUGGUGGAACUGGAGGUGCAGUCGUAAUAGACGGAUUUGGCACCGGUGGAUUUGGCACUGGUGGUGGAGGUGGAUUUGAUGCAGGCGGAUUUGGAGUUGGUGGUGGUGGAGGAACCGGUGGUGGUGGAGGAGGAGGAUUUGGAGCUGGAGGAGGAGGAUUCGGAGCUGGAGGAGGAGGAUUCGGAGCUGGAGGAGGAGGUGGUGGUGCUGGAGGAGGAGGAUUUGGAGCUGGAGGAGGAGGAUUCGGAGCUGGAGGAGGAGGAUUCGGAGUUGGAGGAGGAGGUGGUGGUGCUGGAGGAGGAGGAUUUGGAGCUGGAGGAGGAGGAUUCGGAGCUGGAGGAGGAGGUGGUGCUGGAGGAGGAGGAUUUGGAGCUGGAGGAGGAGGUGGUGGUGCUGGAGGAGGAGGAUUCGGAGCUGGAGGAGGAGGAUUCGGAGCUGGAGGAGGAGGUGGUGGUGCUGGAGGAGGAGGAUUCGGAGCUGGAGGAGGAGGAUUCGGAGCUGGAGGAGGAGGUGGUGCUGGAGGAGGAGGAUUUGGAGCUGGAGGAGGAGGUGGUGGUGCUGGAGGAGGAGGAUUUGGAGCUGGAGGAGGAGGUGGUGGAGGAGGCGGAGGGGGAGGUGGUGCUGGAGGAGGAGGAUUUGGAGCUGGAGGAGGUGGUGGUGGAGGAGGCGCUGGUGGAGGAGGAUUUGGAGCUGGAGGAGGAGGUGCUGGUGGAGGAGGCGGUGGUGGAGGAGGAUUUGGAGCUGGAGGAGGAGGUGCUGGUGGAGGAUUUGGAGGUGGCGGUGGAGGAGGAGGUGGUGCAUUCCCCUAUAUUAGAGCAAAUGCUUUUUCUGGAAGAAAAGCAUACCAACCUAUGUUGAAGGGAUUUCCCGAAGUAAGAAUUCCCGAUAAUGUUGUGGACACUUGUUUCGCUAGAGUGAAGGCAGCGUUUGCUAAAGCCUACCCUGCAUUGCCUAACAAUUUAAUUCCAAUAGAUGUUGUGUCGAUACCUAAACCACGAUAUGUGGGGCAGUUGCCAUUAUUCUCAUUUCCUUCGUACAGCUACGGAUCAUUAAUGUAUGUUCCGUACAGAAUUCCAACUUCAAAUUUCCCAAUGGCAGUUCCUUUCAAUACUUCAACGGGCAGACUUGCAAUCAAUCAGCACGCAGUGUUGUUGCCUUUCCCACAGCUGACAGCUAGUCAACCCAAAUAUGGUCGGGAAUAUCCAAUUUACCUUCCCUUUAGGGCUGAUGCCGUGAGGGGAAACUCCGGGCGCGUUUGUGCAUCAAGAGUCUGGAUCCCAUUCCCAGCAGGAAAGAAAGAGUUUUACAAAUACAGAAAUUUUAGACUACCAGUUCCAGAUCUACCUAGUCCGCCAACACCUGUGCCGAGGCCCGAACCAGUUCCCAUCGCGCCUAAAAUUGAAAUGCCCGUCUUUCAACAAGUGGUUCCUAUAAUGCCCGUUAUGCCGCGACCUAUUCCAAUACUUCCAGCACCGGAACCUAUUCCAAUACUUCCGGCACCGGAACCAAUUCCAAUACUUCCGGCACCGGAACCUAUUCCAAUGCUUCCGGCACCGGAACCUAUUCCAAUACUUCCAGCACCUUUGCCCGAAUUGAAAAUGCCCCUAGUCUUCCCACAAAUACCGAUGAGUCCUCCAAACUUUUCAUAUAAAGGAUCGACGGCAAUGGUAUUCGGACCAGCAUUUAAUUCCGGGUCGUAUGCGUCAGAGGGAGUUAUUGGUGGUGGAGCGGGAGUUAUUGGUGGUGGAGCGGGAGUUAUUGGUGGCGGAGCGGGAGUUAUUGGAGCGGGAGUUAUUGGUGGUGGAGCGGGAGUUAUUGGUGGCGGAGCAGGAGUUAUUGGUGGUGGAGCGGGAGUUAUUGGUGGUGGAGCGGGAGUAGGAUAUGGAGGAUUUGCGCCUAUUGAGUCCACCUUCCAGUCAGCCAUAGCUCCUCUCACCAGUUCAUCAAUGGCAGCCAUUAAAUCACUUCCUGCGGUCUCUCUUAAUUCCUACACAGGUUUUCCACAACCAAUACCUUCAUCUGGUUCAUCUAAAAGCGCUGGGUAUUAUUAGACUCCGUGUGAGAGCCUUUCGCUAUCCCUCUGUACGAUACCAACCCAAGAGUAUCGGGUGAAUCGUCAAGACUGCGGCAGUGGGAGGAACAUUAGUCAUGUGAUUCAGGCAUCGUCAUCAACAUCAUUUGCUUUAGAAAAGGUUUACAUUAUGUCAAAAUGUUUAAUAAAUAUUUUUG